AUGUCUUUCCUUCAUGGAGUUCUCAGUGGAGUGAAGGAUGAUGAUAACGUUACAACUUAUGAUACUAAAAAGCUUUUUAAUGAUCUUCCUUCUUCAAUCAGCAAGUUGAUGCAUAAAGGUUCUAAUGAUUUUCAGACAGCCAUCACACAAGUCUCCGCGGCGCUGCAGGCGUGGAGCGGUGAGCUCGAAGGGCGAACCGGGGGACUUAAUAAAGCACUUAAUACGUUACUCACCGAUAGAUUUAAUGAUUUUAAUAGCGCACUUUUUUCACUUAAUAAGCUUAAGCCGGAACAACUAGACAAGGUUCCCGCUAGGCUUGGUGACUGCUUCAAGCAGGCCGGGGAACUGUCUAAGGCGUUCGAUGAGGCCGAAAAAGCUCACACUAAACUAGACAUAAACUUACAUAAUAAGUUGAAUAGUAGCAUGAAUUCCAUAAAAGUGAGUGUACGUGCAUUUGUGGCGGGUGCUAGUAAUAGUGAGUUGAGGGCCGUCGUCGAGACGGCAGCAACAAGGUUGAACAAACUGAAACUAGAUGUGAAUAUAGAAAUUAAGAAGCGUGUUGAUCAUAUGGGUGGCAGAAUAAGUUAUGAAUUUCAAGAACAAAUUCGCAAGCCGAUUAAUGAGAUUAAUACCGACCUAAAGGCCCACAUGGAGCUGUUAAAUGAUUGGAUUCAGAAGGCAGCUGAUGUUGUUCAGAAGGGUAUUGAGAAGUGUGAGGAGAUACUUAAGAGGGUUGAUAAAAAGGACCAUCGCUCCAUUACAAAUUCGGCGAAUAAGUUAAAAGAGAAGGCUAGGGCCCUCUUGGCGGCUUACAGCACGGCGCAUCAGAGGGUCAGGGAGUUGGUCAAUAUUACGGUUCCAGCCGCGCUGCAAGAGUUGGAAGGUGAGAUGACAAGAGAUCUGUUGAGUUUACAACAAAGCAUAGCAAGCGAAUUAAAGGCACAUGCUAAGAGUAUUCUUGGUACUGUUAAGUAUGACGUGGAGAAUAUUCUUAAUGGUGAUCCGCCAAACCAAGGUAAAGGUUUGAAGGGGAUUGAAAGUGCGGUGAAGGCGUACGCGGAGAAGUUUGGCAGUGAGCAAUUUGAUGGUACCAUGCAGCGAUGGGUUGGAGAGAUAUUGAAAGAGAAUGAGCUGAGUGGCAGGCUUAAUACGUAUGUUCAGGAUAACCCAGUGAAGCAGGGUGUUAAGUUUAUUAAGCACAAUAGAGAUACAGGCAAGUUUCAAAUUGAGGAAGAAGGAAUCGCGAUGGUUGCACGUGUUAUUAAGGAUAAAAUUAUAGUACAGCUUAAAGGUGGCGAAUUUCAGGAAGCUCAGCAGAAAAUUGACCAAUUAGCAAAGGAUGAUUCCAAUGAGAAGAUUAAAGGAUAUGUCGACAGUGUGAAAACCAUUUGCCAGAAGUUUUCUGAGAAGGUUGCAGAGAAUUUUCCUGGAAACGUUCGACAGAUUGCAAGUGACAUUAAAAGGGAUUUGUUCAAUAACAAGAUUAAAAGGCCUGAUCCAGAUCAUCUCACUUGGGCCGUUGAACGGAUCCUCGAAAAACUUGUUAUUACUGGCAAGGAGGCUGCCAGGCAACUCCAGUCCCUGCUCCUUAACCCCCAACUAGUAGGCAACGCCGGAGAUUUCACAAUCGCGAAAGAAUUGGAUAAAGUCGCUGAGAAAACCAGGAAGCUGCACAAAAAUCUCGGAGAUGCCGCUCCUAGAGAUGGAGAUUCCAGUGGUAAGUUUAGCGCACUAGUUGAUGGGGUUGCGACGGAAGUAAAAAGAACUAUUCCCGACAAAAUACUCCUUGAUACACAGAUGCAGAAUUAUAAAAGAAAGACUGCUGAAAACGCAGACAGUCAAUACAGAACUCUGCUAAAAAAGCAUAUCCCCGAGGUGCUAAAUGCUUUCAAAGACAAUGUCGACAGUGAAGGCAACGGCGUCGUCAGUAAAACAAUAAGUAAUGUUCAACAACGAUUCGACACAAUAUCGAAAGAGCUAGCAGAAAUCACUAGCAUGUUUAAUGCGAAUAAUACGGGAGGAUUCCGUGAAUCUGACAACAAAGGCGUGAAGACGCUUCUGAUAGAGCUGCGAAAGGGACUUGGUAAUGGUGAAGGCACCUGGCGUACCGCAAAAAAUGGCCUCACCGAAAUCAAAGGCCGCCUUGCGCAUCUUCAAAAUACUACAUUGACGACGCUUCUUCAAGCAGCUAAAAACUUUUACACCGACGUCAUCCAAGCUGAAGCCACUAAAACUACCGCCGACAUCGAAGCCUACGUAAUCCAAGAAGUUAAGGAGACAACGGAGGAAAUUCAGAAAAAAACGCAACAUGAUUAUUACCAGAAGAUCAGCCGAAUGUUCAAGGAGGUGCAUCACAAUGUUGAAAUUGAAAUUGGUAACAUAAACAUCGCCAUAAAGGAAGACCUCAAUGCCGGCCCCAAAGGCCUCUUAAGGCGCAUGAGAGGCGGUUUAGAGGCAUCGGGUUCUCCAAAUUCGGCACCUAACAAGCUCAAGGAAUUAAAACUCGAAGAUGUCAAGGAACCUAAAAAACAGGUGAAAACCGCAGCGCAGCCUUUUAUUAGGGAAGACAACGACAUGUCCUAUGCAGUCAACAAAAUCCACGACCAUCUCACGAAAUUACUCACUCACCUUAACAAUAACGAAAACCGUAAAUACAAUUUCGACCAUGAAUUUCUUGGAUUAAAUGAUUCACUCACCAACGCACUUAAGAUUUUCACCCCUGCCAAGCUCUCUGGUAUUUUCAAUGCCCCGUUGAUUGACGCCUUGAGAGCCGGGCUGACAGAGUUCUGCGCGCAGCUUGGCCAUGCGUACGUCAACAAGUAUUCCGGCGAAGACUGGAAGAAGAAUCACGCAGACAAGUACGCUAAAAUAAUGCUUACCUCAACGUCGACGCUUUAUGAGGAACUUUAUCACUUGUUCUACAACUCAUCUAAAAAUUGGCGUCAACUUAAGAUUGACGGCCCUGAGAAAAGUAACGCUCUCAGAGAAUAUAUAGAGGAUCAAGGCUUCAGGACCGACAACCUUAUCAAUAAAUACAACAGCGGUGAGCAAGUUGCCGAGAAAUUGAAAUCAGCGUUCAACCAUCAAGUUGAUUUCCAGACGAAUCCCGAAACCAAUGACACCGGUCAUAACACUCUAGCCAGGUACCUAUAUUGGAUAAGACAGAGUAAGGGCCCCGUCUCUUUGCUCUACUGGAACUUAGCCACAUACUUUAAGACAUGUCACAUUAGAAUUCCCGCCAAAACAAUAUACCCCUGCACUAUUAGAGACAUGCUCGGCUGGCUAUGUGGCCUCCCUUACACAGCUGUAUAUAAGAACAUUCAGACGCACUGUGAUACAUUGUUAACGAACGAUGCCACAUACCAGUCUGAUACAGUUCUACUUCCAAUUCUUAGAUCCAACAUACGUAACAGCCUAGCUCCUACCUGCCAAUUUGGAUAUCAAAUUCUCACCGCCAUCUCCGGUAACGGCCGUGGCUUCGAAGAGGCUGACUAUCCAUACGCUUGCAACUUCUGCGACAACUCGCGUAAUUUUUACUAUCCUCAGAAUGUAUCCGAACUCUUUGAUAUGUUAAAAGAUAUAUGUACGCGUGUUUUGUCUUCACUUUGUUUUUUGAGUUCACGUUGUAAAUACACCGUAGCCGAUGGCAACGGUUGGCGUGACUGCCAAUACGGCGGCAAAGUUUCCGGUUACCAGUGGGACUGCAAGAAGUCAGUCGACAAACCUAUGUGCCAGGCAAAUGGUCAACCAAAGUGCCAGGCAAAUGGUCAGCCAACGUGCCAACCAAACACCAAACCAAAUUGCCAACCAAAAUCACCGCUGCAAGCUCACCUAACUGACAGUUUGCCUGGCCACUUGCCGCACAAACUAUCCUCUGUUGGCUGCACAUCCAAGUGUUCGACAUGCCCUAAGCAGUCACCUGGCAUGAUAUGUUUGACGCCUAUGGGCUUCUGGGAUCUGGCUCACGCCGGAUCCAAAAAGGGCACGGGCAAAGAUAUAUGCAACGUGCUUUCCGAAUUUUGCGGUAAUGCAGACUCGCCGUUGCCCACGCUGCUAAACUCUUUGAUGCAAGUAUCACCGACGCCGCCUAAAUCUCUGGCAGAUCAAUUCUCAUUCUUCACAAGCUUCUUCAGACAGUGGUCAUCUGGCAGGUUUUCUACCAGCGACAGAUUGGUGAACCAUAUGAAUACGAAAAUAAUUCCUGCAAUGUCCAUGAAGCUGUAUGCCGAUGAAGCCACAAAUUUCACUAACCAAUUAAAAUCAUUAUCUGGUCCAACGUCUGAUCACCCUGUAACGAAAACUGACAAGUCCACUCACUGUGACUUGUAUAGCCUCUGCACGCACACCGAAGUCGCUUCACAGAUAAAGUGUAAUGAAGUCAAUUCCCAGUGCGCUCCCUAUCUCAAACCUCUCUGUGCUGAUGCCUAUCACACAUAUGCUACAAAGCACGCAAACCUUUAUCUGUCAUGGCUUACAUAUUUGCCCUUCGAUUUCUACAAUCUUCUAAAAUCACUGUUUGAGGCCUUCUGCAAUAUCGAUUGCAAAUCCGGUGGGUGCUCGGCAUGUAAUUGCGCAGUAGGAAAACAUGGACUCCAAUUUCAGUGUACCUGCAAGAGUUAUGUGCAGUGCCAUGGCGUAAGCAUGAUACUAAACAACUAUGGAUUCACAUUUGGAAAUUCCAAAACUCUUAUGGCGAAUCCAGACAGAAGGUUCUGCCAUAAUUUCUAUUAUCAACUUAAAAAGGUCAUCGAGUCAAACCAUUUCAAAACACUAUUGGGGAAAUGCGAUGACAUCCUCUACUACAUAAGAUCACCGUUCAUGAAUACGUUGUUAGCCCUCUGGUCGCUGUCGCUCCUGUACCUGCUGCACAUCGCCGUCGUCCGCCUCGACGUCCUGAGGAUACGCUCCCACCUGAGAUCACCAGCAUCGCACCGCAUCGCCGCACAGUCGCUGCUCGCCGCCGCACGCGUCAAGGCACUCGCCAACGUCAAGUACUUCUCACCAUAA